AUGCUGUCCCGGCACCCCAAAUCGUCAAUUCGUCAGAUCUCCGAUUCCUCGGACCCACGCCCGUCGAAGAGAGCGAAGACCGCAGCAGUGGGGAAGUAUGAGGCAACAGGCGGUCGUGCCAAAGCAGAGAGAUGGUUCAACGACACCAACAACAAUGCUUCCGGCACGAAGGAUGUCCCAUACCUCGAUAACGAUCCGCCUUUCUAUCUCAACGAAAGGACGUACUCCGCUGGGAACAGUGCCUGUGCUGUACACUCUGAUGGAUCCUCGUUCAACCCUUCCAACCCCGGCCAACCCACUGCUCCGACAAGGUCUCUGCUCGCCCAGAUGGAGGCGAAGGAAAGCAAUAGUGAGGACUUUCGUGGUGUGAUCGACGACCUGACAAUACAAAACAAAAGGCUCAGAAAGAAGCUAAAGCAAUACGAAAGACUCCAUUGUUCUCAUCUGCAGGAGGAAAAAUUAUUUGAGGUCAGAAUACAUGGACUGGCCGCCCAUCGCAAACGCGAGUUGGAGGAGAUUCUGCGGAGCUUCGCCUCCAGUAGUGAAGAGUCGCCCGAAACGUCCCUCUUCAAACCUGGGAGCUUCAAAACCACUGCUGUAGCUUUGAAAAAUCACAUACCAUCGUCCUCUUCAACUUCUUAUUCCAAAGGCUCUAAACCCGUGGAUUCCGCGUAUGCUUCCAUGUCAGGCCAGACAGGAGCCUCGCAAAAGCAGUCGCACGACCAUGCCCAGAAAGACAGGCAGGCUCAGUGCCAUUCACGACAGCAUGAUGUGCAAUCUUACCUUCAUCACAUACCAGAAACAGUAGUGCCAAAGCAUUCGCUCCCGUUGUCUGAGAGGGCUAAAAGUAGAUUAGUGGUUAGAAGGCUCGAACAGAUUUUUACCGGCAAUAGGGCAGCAGGCCGACACGUUCAGUCUCAUCAGCCGCAGGCAGUGUUGCAAUCAGCUGCGCAAGCGGAUAGACUCCCACUUGAAAAUUGCGGCCGCAAGUUUCAACCGAUCCGAGGAGGCGUGCGAGAGGCUUGUAUCCUGCCUAACAGCGCGGAGUUGAAAGUGGAUUCCCUCAGCGAGGCCAACUUGGCUGCUCAACAAUCACAACAGACUGUCGAGAGCCGCGGCCGAAACCCGCUGACAGAAGGCAUGCGAGAGGCUCGCAUUCUUCUGCGCUGUGCGGGAUCACAGAUCGACUCUUCAAGCGAAACAAACCCGACCGGUCAACAAUCACGUCAAAGCACUGAUGGCGAGGACUCCAGGUCCCGAGAUCCGCGGGCGAGUCGUGGUUUCGCGCCGGAUCAACGACCUACACGCCCACUCGACUUGGACAUACGUCGCGCGCAAGUGCCAUCAGACAAUAUCGAGUACAUUCGGCACUUGGGUCUUGCAUCACCAACAGCGACUUUAGAUGCCAAACCAGAUUCGGAUGACGGAUGGGUAUUCCUCAAUCUGCUCACAAGCAUGGCACAGUUGCAUACGCUAAAUGUGACUCCGGAGUUCAUCAGAAAUGCUGUCGCCAAUGUCAGCUCCAAGUUUGAGCUCUCCACGGACGGUACGAAGGUCAGAUGGCAAGGUGGAACCGAUGGGACCAAAUUGAGUUCCGACAGCGAUGAAAGUGACGACACAGGAAAUUGGAAAUCCACAGACACUAGCGUGUCAGUCAGCAAACAAGGAUCAUUGGCAGGCAUACCAAGCAGAGCGGGCCUCGAGGACUUUCAAGAUCAAAAGAGUGCUCUUCACCUUCCCACCAUUGGUUUGUCUGCAACUCCAGAGGUCGGAGCGAAACGACGACCCGUGUACUUGGAACAGCCCAACGAUAUGGACAAGUUCCACUACAAACCACUCUUCUUUCACGGUGCAACCUCUGAAGAUGACGAUGACUCAGCUCACGUAACUAACUCAGUCUCAUCGUUUGAUCCCAUGGAAAAUGCCACCGGACUCAAUUCUGGCUCUCACGGCGUCCGUGAAUCAGAAGUGAAGCUGCGCAAGCAGAAUCGGGAGAAUGGGCCUAUCAUAUUUUACAACAAGGCCAGAUUCUGCACAGACCUAAGUGGGGGAUCAAAUGCUGCAAUGCAUAAUGGGGCUGCUUAUUGCCGUUAUACGCAAGAGCCGAUUGGUUGUCUUCAACAAGCGGACGAUGAGGAAUUGGAUGAGAGCGAGAGCGACUAUGUUCCAGAUGGAGACGGUGCCCCAGAGUCAAUGGACUUAGGUAUCGGCAGCACAGUCGCAACGCGUUCCGCCUUAGACCUCGAAGAUCUGAGGUCUUCGAUCUCAGACCUCUCAACCAUGUCACCGAUUCCCAUGGAGGCUUCAGGACUUGGUUUUAUACAGCCGGAGGAUAACUUCAUGAUUAAAGUACAAGUGCGUCACGGAGGGGUGAAGAGGCGAGGCUCACGCGCGCAAUCACCAUUCUCCAGUUCACGUGGCCAGAUUCGACGUCUGCUUCACAGCAUGCCACGAGGAUCCACUAACACUUUUGGUGAAGCCAAGGAUAUCCCGCGCAGUCAAACCAAUCGUGGCCCCAUCAAGAGUGAAAUCGUCUCAACUGUCAAGACAAAUAUGCCACCUUCGUCAGUGCCUCCGCCCUCAUACCUCUGUCCUCCAGUCUCUUCAUCAGAAUCUGGCGAUGGUGACGACGAAGAUGAAGACGAAGACGAAGACCUCUGUGUCGACUACUACAGCGCGAAGCUUCAAGCUUCAGCAAAGUCUUCAGUAGAGGAUCUUGUCGAUCCAAGGCCUGCGAACUUCUUCCUCGGGUCUUUAUCAGACGAAAGUAAAAGAUCACCCUACGUCUCCACCUCGUCUGGCUCUGACGAUGAUUCUUCCAUCGAUUUUCUCGCUAACGCCCGAGUACUCGACCCUGACACUAUCGCUGCUCAAGAGAGGGAGUUCGAAAUAAAUUCAUUCCAACAGCCGGUUCGUGCUGGUAGCCAGGCUGCCGCAGUAAGUCAGCCUCCAAGCUCUGACUUGGAGCGGGUCGGGACUGCUAAGACAGAAAGCGACGUGGAUAGCAUGAGUGUCGAUGGAGACGUAGAAGACGAUUGA